AUGGAGUCGAGCCUUUUAGCCCGGUCAAGCACCGCGUACAGUUCCCCCGCCAAAUCCAUGCCGUCUAUCGACUUGACAUCCAGUGAUAACGACGUUGACCGCCAGCUUGUGCCUGGAACAAUGGCUCAUAACGAGGAAGCCACGCGAUCGCGGUUGCCGUUAUUAAUCAGCGGGAGCAAUGCUCGCCGGUCGAGCACCCUGCGUUUUGCCGGUCUCGACGUUGUUAAUGGGAAGGAGGAUAGAACGGAGGACAGAAUUCCUUCCGAAUCUUCAAUCGAGCUGGAUGACCCUGAAGUGAGACCUUCCAAAAAACAAAAAGUUGCUAGCGGAACGCUAAACUCCAACGAUAAACCUAUCAAUGAGAGACUUGUUCCCACUGCUGACUCGGAUUUGCAUGCGACGCCACUGGCUGGUCCAGAGGGUGCAUCAGAACAAUCUUCUUCGGUCUCGGAGCUUAAAAGCACUGAGUAUUUAGAUCUAGAUGGCUUGGAGCAAACGGAGGAAAGCUCUCCUCUGAGACCACAAGCAGCGCGCCCAUCUGAGAUCCCGACCCUCACAAACAAAAAAAUAGACCCAGAAGAAACACCUAUCAUCAUUUUAAGUGAAGAUGAGGAUUCUGGUACGGGGGACCCUGUGAAACUAGACGCAGCAAAUCAGGAAUCAAAUGAAAUCGCACGAUCGCCCUACUUUCAGAUAAACCGCAACGGAUCUGGUAGUUCACCUAUGGCAGUUCAUAGAGCUUCUCAUGAAAAUCUGAUGGCAGACCUGAAUCGUCAGGAACAGCAGCUAAUUGCAGCCAAAACCACACAGCGUAAUACCAAAGUCAUUUUACAGAAAAAACUGCACAGGAGAGAUGCCUCUGUGAAGGAUGCAGAGGCCAAAUAUCGGCUUUUGUCUGAGAAGGUGGCGGAAAGCCCGUCGUCGUCCGAUGCCAGACAAUAUCUCGACGAGAUGGGAAGACAGCUCGUGGAUUUGAAGAAAAGGAGGGAAAACGUCUUUCUCAAACUCAGAGAUGUGGAAAGGAAAGAGCGGGACAUAAGCGAACAGUAUUUGAGGUUUAGUCAUCAAAAAGAGCUCAAGGCUGCUCACUCGAGCGCUAAUCUGCAAAAUGCUACGCGAGAUCAUCGUAACACGGCAAUGCUACAGGCUCGUUCUCGUCUAAUUCAAAGAAAACAACAUCUCGAGAGGCUUUUAGAUCAGGGCAAAAUCAGUUCUGACCUCUUCAAUUCCAGCGUAAGAGAAAUUGAAAACAGCAUUCGACAUCUAGAUAUACCAAACUCCGCAAAUUCGAAUGAUGAAAGCAAGUCUGCGAUAUUUUUCAAGUCGAUAGACGUGGCAAGGAAUCUUAUUGCCAAGAACUCAGUUCGAUCACCAAGCAAUAAAAACUUGAUGUAUUACUUGCUGGACAUAUUGGCCGAUUUCAUGAAAAACACGAAUCAGGGCAAGAACUAUUCUAUGUCUCAGAAGAGAAACGCUGAGCGAGCUGUAACAGACUUAGAGCGCCAUGGAGUGAAGAUGCCCGCGCUGUCAAAAUUCCUUGAGGGUCUAGGAUUUGUAGUAAAACCAGACAUCUUCGAUAGAAUGCGCUCUUAUGAAAAUCGCGGUCGAGCUAUUGACGAUGAUUUCAAAAGUGUUGAUCCUUCAAGCCAAAACAGCAAAUUGGUCGAUGAAGAAAUACUAAGCCAUCACAUAAAGGAGGAUCGGUACCAGUACAAUUCCCUUCAGCUGUCAAAUAUUUACAAUUCUCAAGACAAUGAGAGUUUGCAGGAAUUACUUGAGAGCUUGAAAGAAGUUGAAACAGAAGUGGACGGUGAAGAAUUGACUCCCCCUGAACUGACGGUCAACCUGAUGAAGCAUCAGCGACAGGGACUUUCUUGGCUUCUCGCUGCCGAAAAAUCUAAUAAAAAAGGCGGCUUGUUGGCCGAUGACAUGGGUCUUGGGAAAACAGUACAGGCAAUAUCUUUGAUGAUUGCCAAUAAAUCACCAUCCUCAAGUUGUAAGACGAAUCUGAUCGUCGCACCCGUUGCGGUUUUAAGAGUAUGGGAUGCAGAGCUUAGGGCGAAAAUCAAAAGGGAGGCUCGAUUGAGGGUCAUGAUUUUCGGAGGCGCAGGCGGAGCGAAAGUGACAAGCUACCGAGAUUUGCUGAAGCAUGAUGUUGUUUUAGUCUCCUACCAAACCUUGGCCAGUGAACUCAAGAAGCAUUGGCCUCAAAAACUAAAAUUGGACAAUGACGAUGUGAAAUUGAGCGAUGUUCCUAAUAUCUCCGCAAUGAAUGCUUUGAAGGAACGGGGGAGGGAAUACUGGUCACCUUUUUUUUGCAAUGAGUCUCAAUUCUAUCGCAUCAUCCUAGAUGAAGCACAGAAUAUCAAGAACAAGAAAACCAAAGCCGCUACUGCUUGCUGUACUUUGGAUGCGACUUACAGAUGGGCGUUGUCAGGUACACCAAUCCAAAACAAUAUUAUGGAAUUUUAUUCAAUUAUUCGUUAUCUCAGGAUACCGCCUUACAAUCGAGAGCAUAAAUUCAAAGCUGAUAUAGGGAAUCCGCUGGGUAAAAUUUCGACGAAUUACGACAGUUACGACAGAAAGCAAGCCAUCAAAAAAAUUCAGGUGCUUCUACGAGCAAUAAUGCUUCGGAGAACGAAAGAUUCAAAGAUUGAUGGUGAGCCCAUUUUACAACUUCCAUCUAAAGCUAUUGAUCUGCAAGAGGAUGUGCUCUCUGGAGAAGAGCUGCAGUUCUAUAGCAAGCUGGAAAACACCAAUCAGAAAAAGGUUGAGCAGUUGAUGACAAACAAGGGAAGGGGUAACUACUCAAACAUCCUAUCACUUUUGCUACGCUUGCGACAGGCCUGCUGUCAUCCAGCACUUGUCACUAUAGGAGAGCACAAAAAUGAUGAUACAAAGGUAGUGAAUGGCAAGAGCUUCGAGCACGACUGGAUGCGUUUAUACAGCGUGACACAGGGAUUAACAGAAGCCGCUCGAGAAACAAUUAUGGACGGUCUUGACUCGAUGAUGUGUCCUUAUUGUAUGGAGCAGAUGGAACCCGAAUCUACCUCAAUUUUGACCCCAUGUGGACAUUUGAUAUGCGAAAGCUGCGUGGAGCCUUUCAUGGAUGAUGCUCGUUUUGAAACGGAAGGGUGGAAACCGAAUGACGAGCUCGUUGUGCCAUGUCUUGUCUGCAAAGCUGACGUUAGCGAAAAAGCUGUGAUAACUUACCGACUAUACGACCAAAUUGUGAAUAAGAACUACACCGAAAAGGAUUUAAGAGCCGAAUUCGAGGAUGAAAGGGAAGCUCAAAAAUUAAAGCUCAAAAAUGGCUAUCACAUUAAUCUCUCCACGUUACAGCCUUCGCUGAAAGUGGGACAAUGCUUGAAGAUUGUGGGGGACGUGCUUUCCACUACAAAGGAUGAGAAGGUCAUCAUAUUUUCCCAGUUUGUGACUUUCUUUGACUUGCUUCAACAUUUUCUGGCUAAGGAGCUUCGCGUACCACUUCUAAGGUACGACGGUUCUUUGAACUCGAAAGUACGCGCUCAAGUUAUCGAAGAGUUUUACCAAUGCCCAACAAAGCGUGUUCUUUUGAUCUCAAUGAAAGCCGGCAAUGCGGGUCUCACGCUCACCUGUGCUAAUCAUGUCGUCUUAGUUGACCCAUUUUGGAAUCCUUUUGUCGAAGAGCAAGCCAUGGACAGAUGCUACAGAAUCAGUCAGCAGAAAAACGUGAAGGUUUACAGGCUUUUGGUCAAGAACUCAGUUGAAGACAGAAUACUGGAACUCCAAAAGAAGAAAAGAGAUUUAGUCGAUAGUGCAAUGGAUCCCAGCAAGAUCAGAGAAGUCAAUCGUUUGGGUCGCCAGGAACUCGGCUUUCUCUUUGGCUUGAACUCUUUAAACGGUCCCGGUAGGUGA